UUCAAUUCUCUUGGCUCUUAUUUUUCAUACUGUUUUUUGUAACAACCAUGGAUGAAACCAAAUGGGAUGUGGGCAAGGCACUGCCAGUGGUGCGUGUGUGCCUCAAGAGACGAGGGCUUGGAAAUAUGAUGAUCGAAAUAGUGCUUAUAUUUAUUCAGAUUGGCAACUAUCUGGUCGCUGAGCAUGGAAGCGACCAAAACCGUGCUGCUUUUCUCAGCAACAAGUAUUUUCGAUUUGUUUCGGGAUGGAGCAACAGGUUUGCGUUCAACUCCUUCGUCAUUUCUCCUCAGCUAACUGGUGACUGCGGAGUAGGCAGCUUCUCUACGUCGCUGGUCGGGCAAGAGCCGAUUGCUGCGAGACACUUGACGACUAAUAGCGCUCAGGACCAAGAAUCAAUUGGGUGGACGUUUAACUACUCUGAUGUUCUCCGUCACAACGGGAGGCUGGUAGGCGACAAACUCAUUAUAAACUGGGGCCAGCUUACCACGGUUCCUGACGCAUUGGGUAAUGCCAUCGUAGAGCUGAAGCGCCGGUUCAGCCCCAGCUUUCAUACUCUCAUGAUUAUUCUCGGAAGUGACGUCCUUCAGAUGUACCCACGUGAGCCGUUUGACGACAUGGAUUUUCCAGAAAGGAUGGCAAAGGUGUUGACGAAUGUGUCUGGAGACUUUCGUAAUAUCGUGAUGUACGUCGACAGGGGCUCGCCCUAUUUCACCAGAUUCCCUCUCGGCAAGUUUAUUGAACACCACUCACGGGAGCUGGAAGGACUCCACAUCCAUUCAGAGCUCAUGAUGACUGUUGCUGGUGGCGAAAAACAAUUUACCAUCUACCCUCGGGUUAUGAGUCUAUCCACAGACAAGUAUCGUCUGGGAAGUAUAAACGUGGAUAGACUGGAGAUACUUAAACUAUCAAUCACAGGCACACUUCAGCUUUGGUCCUUGUUCCGAAACACCUUCACGGCAGAUGGUCUCCAGUUCACAAAGCUUACCGACCUUGAACUUAACUUUAACGGCGCUGUUCUUGACUCGGUGGACGAGUACCUUAUAAACUAUAACAAAUUCAUUCGGGACAAGGCGCAGGCUAAGCUGAUCGAAACUGGUGGUGCUAAGCGAGAUUUCGACGAGUCAGACAAGGCCAGCAUGGAACGCUCGCUAAAGUAUCAGUACCCUCAUCCAACCGACGGACGCAAAGCAUAUCUGCCUAAUAUCAAGUCAGCCAAGGUCGUUUCAUACCGGGGGUCGAUUGUCAACCUGCCAGUUGUCCUGGGCCGGAACCAGAAGUGGGUUGUCAGCAAUCCGUACGAGGACAAGUCUCUGGCCGAUGCAACGCUAGUCUUAAUCUAAACUAAUGCAUUGCAGUCCUGUAUCUCCUAUUAGCAUUACCAUCAUAGUUUUGUAACCUGCUGCCAAAUAAACGGCGCGUAUAUGUUA